AUGCUCAGCAGGAUCCUUCUCACUCUCGAUGCUGCCGGUUUGCUGCUGGGGACACCCAUAGCUGACAUGAAUGAGACGCACCAGUAUAACCCGCGAUGGCCGCCACACGCAAAAUUUCACAACGGCCAGACCAUCACCCUGUCUAUCAUGCUCGGACUCCUCACGCUGUAUUACACCUGGCGCCCCGCCACCGGCAUCAGCAGCAAGGACUCCCUUACAACCGCCAUGAUAUUCGGGUCAAUAUACUGGGCCGCCGGUUUGUGCGCGCAAUUCUACCCCGAGGCCAGUGGAUUGGAUCCUGAGUUUGGUGGGCCGGGGUUCCCGCAGGCUAAGAUAUUUACUGCUUUCAUGUGUUGCGGUAUCGCGGGCUGGCUCUGUGACCGUUGGGAGGUAUAG